AUGCCCAGGUACAGCAACGUGAUCGUCUUCGGUGCUACCGGGGAUGUGGGAUCUGCCGCUGCCUUGCAAGCCCAUCACCACGGCGCUACGGUGUCGCUGGCGACACGAAACCCCGCAAAGCCAAUUCCUAAGCUCGACCACCUUCCUUUCACAAGAUACCAAGCCGACUUGACACAGCCCGCUACCCUGAGAGCUGCAGUUCGCCAGGCUGGCGCGCAAGCUGCUUUUAUAUAUGGAAUCUUCGACGGGGCGGACUUCAUGAGGGUCGCGCUCCGAGCACUCAAAGAAUCCGGGGUAGAAUUUGUCGUCUUCCUAAGCAGUUUCAUUAUCCUGACCGACAUUCAUGAGGUCGAUCCCUCCGACAUCGUCCCCUGGGAGCAUGCUCAGGUGGAAAUCACGCUGGAAGAGAUCUAUGGUAGCUCCGGCUACGUGACGGUGCGGCCUGCAUUCUACGCCAGUAACCUUCUUCACGAGAAGCAGGCCAUCCUACGGGGACAAGUCAAACUGCCCAACCCCGAUGCCACUUUUGACUUUAUCUCAUCGGAGGAUAUUGGCCAUGUCGCGGGGACGAUCCUGGUCAAUGGCGCCCAAGAACGCAUCGUGCGGCUCCUUGGGCCCGAGAGGAUGACGUUGAGAGAAGCGGUAAGAACUGUGGGCCACGCGCUGGGCAAGGAAGCCCAAGUCACUAGCAUUACUCGGGGAGAGGCUGCCGCGCAGAUGGAGGCCGCCGGCAUGCCGCCCGCUAUGAUCCAGUGGCACCUUCAUAACGUGAUCGAUCGCGCUGGAUGGUACCUGGAAAGUCCUGAAGCGCUUAUGGCACGCGAAAACAUUCAGAGGUAUGCUCAGCAUCCCCCGCAGCGCUUGCAGCAGUGGGUAGAGAGCAAUCUGGCCAAGUUCCUGGAAUAA